AAAACCGAUCUUCCCUUUUAAGAUAUAUUCUUUUUAGACUAGCACUUAUUCUAACAGUACUUUUUAUUACAGAAAAAAAAGGAGCGCAUAAUCCCUUAGGUCAACAGCACCAUCUACCAAUAACAGAAACGAAUUAAUAGUUAAAGAGUUUCACAAACGUGAAAGUGAAGAGCACAUUUUAGUGGCCUGGUGGCAACGCAUGGAAUUAUAACCAAUCUUCACUUAUGAAAAGUAUGGGACAAAAUAUAGAUGAACCCAAUGAACUUCCUUUUGAAGUAAAGACUUUAUUAGACACUGAGGAGGAUACAAAAGAUGUAAAUAAUGUCCAGAAAAAAUAUAAAUGUACUGUGCCUGGAUGUAAGUAUGCAUUUCUAAGGCCAUCAAAACUUACUACGCAUAUGAGAAACCACACAGGAGAGAGACCUUAUAGGUGCACUUAUCCCAACUGCGACAAGACUUAUACUAACUCAUCUCAUUUAAAACGACACUGUGAGACACAUGAUGAUAUCAAGCAACGAUAUAAAUGCACGAAAUGUUUCAUGUUGAUCAGCAAUCCACAUAAUUUAAGGCGACACUAUGAACGUUGGCAUCACAACAAGAAGCAACUAACUUGUGAAAAAUGUAAUGUAUCAUUUACAAGCGAACGUCAGUUCAAAGAACAUAUAGCCUUUCACGAAGGGAAUGCUCUUUAUAUGUGCAACAUAUGUAAGAAGCAAUAUAAUGUUUAUAAUAGAUUUAGAAGGCAUCUUCGGAAUCAUGCCAGCAGUCCUAAAAAAUAUGCAUGCCCGGCAGCAGAAUGUUCCGAAAUAUUCGAAAUGUCGUCGCUUCGCACACAUAUCGGAAGUCAGCACCCGGAAGAUUACAAAUGCAAGCAUUGCGGCAAGGUAUUCCUGAACAGCAGCAUGUUCCAGAAGCACGCUGCCGUACAUUCAGAAACGCCACUGGUUUUUACCUGUCCCUACGAGAACUGCUCGCGAUUUUAUAAUUUCAUGCGAAAUUUGAGGCAGCACAUUCGCACCAAGCAUGAAGAUAAGUUGUAUCAGUGUGACAUUUGCAAUAUGAAGCUCUGUUCCCGUCAAAAACUCAUUCAGCACAUAAAUAAUAUACACGUGUCUAACAAAAAGAAAAAGUCUCCGGCAAAGGGAAGUGAGCGCAAGAGAAGAAAGGACGCAGGAGAGCCAAAGAAGAGUGCAGUCUCGCGACUUUCGGGACUUGAUUUGCCACGGACGUUGGAGAAGAGUCUCUUGCAGCGCGAAACGACGAGGAAGCUUGCAGACAGAAUGGCCGCCAGGAGCAUCAAGUCUUUGACCAGCGAGAGUCUCGCAAAGUUUUUCAAUUCCUUUGAUACCGUGCUGACGGACUGCGAUGGUGUUUUGUGGUUGCAGAUGAAUCCAAUACCGAAAUCUGCCGAUGUAAUGAAUCUCUUUCGUAAUCUCGGCAAGAAAGUCUUCUACAUCACAAAUAAUAGUACAAAGACAAGAGAGGAGUUUGUCGAAAAGUGCAAAGUUCUUAAUUUCGAAGCGUCUGUCGAUGAUAUACUCUGUACCUCCAACCUAGCUGCAUGCUAUCUUCAGGAUUUGGGUUUCAAGAAAAAGGUCUAUGUGAUAGGAUCAACAGGAAUAACCAAGGAAUUAGACAGAGUCGGUAUCCCUCACAUUGGCUCAGGACCGGAUACUUUCACAGGGGACCAUGUCUACAAGACGUUUCAAAAAGACGAGCAAGUGGGCGCAGUAAUUGUUGGUUUUGACGAGCACUUUAGUUAUCCGAAGAUGGUGAAGGCUGCUACGUAUUUAAACGACAAAAAUAUCCAUUUCAUUGGAACGAAUACCGAUGAAAGAUUUCCGGUACCAGGCAGCCUUGUCAUUCCCGGCACCGGAAGUCUUGUCCGCAGCAUUGAGACCUGUGCCGAAAGGAAAGCAACAAUAAUGGGAAAGCCAGAGCCAUACGUGGCGCAGGUCGUUACGAAGCGAUAUGGUGUCGAUCCAAAGAGAACUCUGAUGAUUGGUGAUCGCUGCAACACCGACAUUCUCUUCGGAAGACGCUGCGGCUUCAAGACACUUUUGGUUUUAUCAGGUGUCACGACACUCGACGAGGUAGAGAAGUGGAAGAAGUCCCAUUUGAAAGAGGAGUCGAAUCUCGUGCCCGAAUAUUAUACAGAAACAUUGGGCGAUCUCUUACCCUACCUGCGCAGCUUCCAAGCUGCGAUGUAAAUUAUCUCUAGUUCUUUCCUAUUGACAUUCGCGAGCACGAAUGUUCAUAGUUAGCCAAUUUAUUAUAUAUUUCAAUCUGAUAGACAAAUUUAUUUAAUAUUUCUCUAUCUGUAACCAAAUAAAUAAGACCUGAGUAACCUAAGCACUUGAGCAUCAAGUCUCAUUACAAAUUAGUCAGCGGAUUGCAUCGACACUAUUCUACUGUUUUCUUGACAAAAGCUCAGCCCUCAAUUUCUUCUACUUUACAAACGGCAAGACGAUGCAUCCUUGCUAUUAACAUUUUCUAGAGUUUCAAUAGAAAGCAUCAGCGGCAAGUAACCAAUAAGCGCUGGUACAGACGAAUUAUAUAUCUGAUGCAUUUCGAGAUGUGCGACAAAUUACAGACAAGUGACGAAUCCCCUGCCUGUCGAAAUUCUAUCUUCUGGGUUUCUACUUUCCGUUCUUUUAGUAUAAUUUGAUCGUUUUACUAAAAACACUCCAACAUGUCGUUGACCCUCGAGCAUUCAUGUGGGUUGAGAAGAUCCUAUGUGCUCGUGCAUGCCCCGCUGUUAUUACAAAGUGAUUAAAAAAUAUUAAUUAAAACAGAAAAA